AUGAAUGACGGUACACUCGUCAUUCGUGGAGAGAAGGUUCCGUCGCGAAAUGUAGGCGGUGUUGGUUUCGUUGUGCACCCAUCUGUCGUCCAUCUCGUCGAUUCUCACGAGAUCCUGUCACCUCGUCUGGCCAUUCUUCGCCUCCGCCCUCUGCGCCAAAAAUCCAUCAGUAUCAUCAACUGCUAUUCACCAACAUCAGCAGCUGAUGAUUCCGAAUUGGACGCGUUUUACGAGGAGCUGGAGGAAGUAGUCCACAACGAGAAGUCCUUUUACAAGGUCGUUGUCGGAGACUUCAACGCAAAACUAGGAAAGGCCACAGAAGAGGAAUACAGGAUUGGAAGAUUUGGACUAGGGGACCGGAAUGGAAAUGGCAAUCGUCUCGCCGGGCUGUUGUCCGCCGCUCGCCUCUUUCAUGGGAACUCUCUUUUCAUGAAAAAAGAUCAUCGUCGGUGGACAUGGGAAUCGCCCAAUGGCGCGACUCGUGCGGAGAUCGACCACAUACUCACCAACCGGAGGUGGUGUCUAUUUGACGUCUCAGUAGUACCAUCCUUUUGUAGUGGUUCUGAUCACCGUCUCCUUCGUGCGAAAAUACGACUUAGCCACACGAUGGAAAAGAACAUGUGCUAUCGGCAACGAAGGAGAAAAGAAGUCGUCUACGACGAUUGCGUACUCGAGGACUCCCUGUCCCAAGGUGACUGGCACAUCGAGGAGGACCCAAACGUGGACUACGAGAUGCUGCUCAGAGGAUUACGAGCCUGUGCUGAACGUGCCUCGAAGUCGCGCACGACAAACUUGGAUCGAAUUUCGAAGACCACCAAGGAAUUGUUAGGAAGAAGAAGGGCUUUGAGGCUUGAUCCGAAUGCAUCGCACAUUGAGCGGUUAGUAGCAAACACUAGCUGCAGAAAAGCGUUGCAGGAGGAUCUUUUGAAGUACAGGCAGAAGAAGAUUCUAGAAGCAGCACAAAGAAGAACGAGUCUAAAGAAGUGCCGCAGGGAUCUCCGCGAAUAUAAUAUUCCGCUAGCAACCUUGCUGAGCGAAGACGGGACUCGCACGUCUUCUCGUCGUGAGAUGGAAAUCAUUACGGAGAGGUUCUACUCGAACCUUUUCCGUUCAUCAACUCCUGUGUCAAGCCCAAUCAUCCCCACUGGCGAAGCUCCACCACGGAUUCUCCCUUCGGAAGUACGAGUCGCUAUCAAGAGCAUGAAACCUGGCACAGUCCCCGGACCUGAUUUUAUAUCAGCAGACUUUCUUCGGGCUGGUGGCCAUCCGCUUCAUGUAAUCUUAGCAGCGCACAUGACAUCCUAUCUUCAGAAAGAAAGGAUCCCAGACCAGUGGAAGACCUCGCGAACCGUUCUUAUCCAUAAGAAAGGUGACCGAGAGGACCUUCGGAACUACCGUCCGAUAUGCUUGCUGAGCGUGUUAUACAAAGUAUUCACCAAGGUCAUCCUCACACGCAUAUCUAGGACGCUGGAUGAAGCCCAGCCUCAAGAACAAGCUGGAUUCCGCCAAGGGUUCAGCUGCUUGGACCACAUCCAGACCGUGUCGAGGGUCAUAGAGGUUUGCCGGGAAUACCGCCUGCCCCUAGUUCUAACCUUCGUCGACUAUGAGAAAGCCUUUGACAGCGUAGAAACGAAUGCAAUACUGUCAGCGCUGGUCGAUCAAAGUGUGGACGCGUCAUAUGUGAGGAAAUUAGCCAAUUGCUACGAUCGAUGCACGACUAGGAUACAGCUUUUCCACCGCCCUCUCACCAUACCCAUUGGAAAGGGGUACGACAAGUCGAUACUAUAUCGCCGAAGCUGUUCACGGCUGCAUUGCAAUGGAUAA